AUGAAGAAAAACGAAAACACCCAACAUUUCCAAUACAAAAAUGGCAACCACGAUACAAACACUACAAAUUACAGCACUCGGACACCACAAAUUAAUAAGUUAAAAGAGUUUAAUCAACCUGGCAAGGACACUAGCGACGCUGGUUCAUUUUAUAGUUGUUUAUUUACACCUGGUAAAGGUUUCGGUGUUAGUUCAACUGAGAAGGAUGCAUGGUAUUACAAUAUGAAUCAUACAAAACGUGGGAAGGCUAUAAUUUUUAAUCAUGAACACUUUCAAGUUAAGAAUAAAAAGUUGGAAUCUAGAGCUGGAACUGGGAUGGAUUGUCGUAAUUUAGAAGUAUCCUUAAAUAACCUCGGUUUCAGUGUUACUCCAUAUGAAAAUUUAACGUUGGACGAACUGAAUGAUAAAAUUGACUAUUGGGCUAAAAAUGACUAUACAAAACAUGAUUGUUUUUUAAUGGCGGUAUUAUCUCAUGGUGAACAAGGAAUCAUUUAUGCUAAAGAUAGAGGUUAUAAACCAGAGGAUACUCUUUGGGGACGAUUUACUGGUGACAAAUGUGUUACAUUAGCUGGUAAACCAAAGCUAUUCUUCAUUCAGGCUUGUCAAGGAGACCGAUUGGACAGUGGAGUUGAGUUAAGAACACAAGUGGAUGGUCCUUCUUCAUUCAAAAUACCAAUUUAUGCUGAUAUGCUUAUAGCAUACUCUACAGUUCCUAAUUUUGCUGCAUGGCGCAACCCCAAAGGAUCUUGGUUUAUAGAAGCCCUGUGCGAUGCUCUCAAUAAAUAUGGUUAUGUACAUGACCUAUUAACUAUACUGACAUUGGUGAAUCGUAAUGUGGCUAUUGAAUUUGAAUCUAAUUCCACUGAUCCUAAGAUGAAUAAGAAAAAACAAAUUCCUUGUAUUACAUCUAUGUUAACCAGAUUUGUAAAAUUUGAAAAAGAAAAUUAA